UUCCCGCAAAAAAUAUACAAAAAUGCCACUAAUGAAGUUGCUUUGUUGACUAAGUAUACCUCCUUGGCCAUGGACUAAACUGUGAGCUAGUCUACAGUAUAGGGAUGGCUAGUUAUAAAGACCGCAGCAAGCAAGGAGCGGAAGAAAUACGCACACAUCCUGCUCCCAAACUACAGCCUAGAAUUCACAGCAAAAUCUGAAAACCUUUUUCUUCCAAAUGGGCUGCUACUUGUUAUGGAGAUGUUUGUUCGUGGUCCUCUCUGUAGUUUGUCCCAUGUUUCUGAGUUCUUCGGGCUGCUUGAUGGAGGAGAGAGCAGCCCUCAUGGAUAUUCGCUCUUGGCUUGUGAAUGCAGAGUCCAAGGUUCCCAGUUCUUGGGGAGACGGUGGUGACUGCUGCUCGUGGGAAAGGAUAACGUGCGACAAUACCACACACCGAGUGUCUCAUCUUAACCUUUUCCAAAUCUACCAAGAAAACCUACAGUAUAGCGAAGAUGAAUGUCCGAAUCUUAACUUGACGAUAUUUUCUUCGUUUCGGGAGCUUCAACUACUGAAUUUCUCUGGACACUACGCUUGUUUACAAAAUUUCGAGGGUCUCCAAGGAUUGAGUAAGCUCAAGUAUCUCGACCUCAGUUACAACAGUUUUCAAGGUGGGGGUAUCCCGGGAUCUGUUGGCAAAUUGGUUUCUCUAGAAGUCAUAAAUCUCAAUGGAAACAACAUAGGUGGGACUCUUCAUAGUACAGACUUCAGAAAUCUCCGUAAUCUGCGUGAAUUGCAUUUGGGAUCCAGUCAAUUGAGGGGUAGCCUCCCAGCAUCCAUAUUUGCACUUCCACGCCUUGAGUACCUGGAUCUUUCAUACAACCUCUUUGAAGGACAUAUACCUAUAAACUUAUCUCGGAACUUGCGCUUGCGAGAAUUGUAUUUGACUUUCAAUAGAUUGAGUGGAGGCCUCCCAGCAUCCUUAUUUGCACUUCCACGGCUUGAGUACUUGGAUCUUUCAGAAAACCUAUUUCAAGGGCAUAUUCUUACAAACUCAUCUUGGAACCUCCGAGAAUUGCAUUUGGGAUCCAAUCAAUUGAGUGGUACCCUCCCAGCAUCCGUAUUUGCACUUUCAUGCCUUGAGUACUUGGAUCUUUCAGAAAACCUAUUACAAGGGCAUAUACCUAUAAACUCGUCUUGGAAGUGUACAUCAUCGCUUCAUACUAUCCGGUUAUCUGAAAACAGGCUAAGCGGUCAAUUUGAUUUCUUCUGGCUGAGAAACUGUACCAAACUCAAAGAGAUAGAUCUGUCCAGGAAUACUGAUUUGGUCGUUCAAGUGAAAAUGCAUGGCUGGGUACCUAAAUUUCAGUUGAAUACACUAAGGCUCUCUUGGUGUAACCUUGAUAAGAGCAUGAUUACCGAGCCACAUUUCCUGCACACACAGAAUCAUCUGCAGCUUCUCGAUUUGUCCAACAAUAAUUUGCCGGCGAGCAUGCCCAACUGGCUGUUCACAAAGAAAACCACACUAGUUUACCUGAAUCUUGCAAAUAACUCACUAGUUGGAUCACUAGAUCUGAUAGGGCAACCCCAAACUAAUCUUAAACAGGUGAAUGUAUCACUGAACCUAGUUGAAGGACAGCUGCCAGCCAACAUUGGUUUGAUGUUUCCUUGUCUGAUAAUUCUUGAUGUUUCGCGCAAUACUAUUUCUGGAACAAUACCACCAUCGUUGUGCAACAGCAGCAUACAACUUAUGGACCUAUCAAAUAACAGAUUUAUAGGAAAAGUACCAUCUUGCUUGUUCACUGAUUGUUAUGCAAUGAAUAUAUUGAAGCUCUCAAACAAUACACUUGGUGGCAAGAUACUUGAUGGGGCUAGUAGCUUCUCUGGUAACAUGUGGGCAAUACACCUAGGCAACAACAAAUUUGAAGGGACUCUCCCAAGAAAUCUGUCUGGUAAUGUCCAAAUCAUGGAUUUACAUGAUAACAAGAUGUCAGGAGAACUGGACACUUCAUUAUGGUGCCUUCCUUCACUGGAAGCUUUGAGCCUUGCUAAUAAUGGUUUCACUGGUGACAUUCGUCCAGAAAUUGGCACAUUAACAAAUCUUAUGAUGUUAGACCUGUCAAACAACUACUUUACAGGACGUCUCCCAAACUGCGGCACUAUGGUAUACCUCACGUUUCUGAGUGUAUCGGGGAAUUCCCUGUCAGGCUCCCCGGGUGCCUUUUUCAACAGCUCCUACAUUACAGCUUUAGAUCUCAGCCAUAAUCAGUUCACAGGCAACCUUGAGUGGGCACAACAUCUUUCUCAAGUCAGUGUACUUUUGUUAAGCAGGAAUAAGUUUGUGGGACAUAUCUCUUCAAAUCUCUGUCAUCUCCAACACCUGAGUAUAGUUGACAUCUCCCACAAUAGACUUUCGGGUUCCGUACCACCAUGUAUUGGUGGCAUUCCAUUUGAACCCAUUGAUCCUUUCGAAAAUUGGCCCACAGCUGGUAGUAUUACUUAUGGAGGAGGGGAAGAUGGUUUGGACUUUGUUUAUACCAAUAAUUAUGACCUCCCAGGCUUCACCUUCACAACUAAAGGGCAACCAUACACAUAUGGACAAAACUUCUUCAUGUCGAUGUCUGGCAUUGACUUGUCUGCAAACAUGCUGUCAGGUGAGAUUCCGGAGGAGAUGGGGAAUUUGAGCCAUAUCAAGUCUCUCAAUUUGUCAAACAAUUUCUUGACUGGACCGAUUCCUGCAGCCUUUGCAAAUAUGAGCGAGAUCGAAAGCUUAGACCUGUCUGAAAACAGGCUGAAUGGAUUGAUACCACGGCAGUUGACACGGCUAUCAUCAUUGGAGGUGUUCUCUGUGGCAUACAACAACUUAUCGGGAUGUCUACCAGACUCUGGUCAAUUUGGCUCAUUUGAUAUUGAUUGUUACAGAGGGAACAACAACCUUCAAUCAUGCACUUCCAGUUCAGGUCAUGUGGCAUGGAAUGGUACUGCAGGAAGUGUGCCUGAUGAUUCUGACCCGAUCCUCUACGUGGUCACCGCUGUUUCAUUCGUCUUGGCAUUUUGGGCCACUAUCACUUUCGUAUUCUGCCAUUCAUUUGGGCGGCGUGUUAUUCUCAAACUAUAGUAUGUAAAGAUGGAGAGAGGGCUAGUGAUUAACAGUGAUGAUGUGUAAACAACACAAGGAGAUCACUUUGGUAAUCUGCUUUCCGAUAAUGCGUGUAUUUGUAAACUAUGUUACCUAGGUCUAAUAUGGAAGAGUUUUUGUGAAACUUUGUCAAGUAAGAAUUACUGUAAAAAUAGAACCCUGAAUGGUGGCUGGAAUUAUCAGGGGUUGGUUGUUUUUGCUGCCUUUUCUUGUAAGUUCAUGGUGCAGAAUGGUGGUGUAAUGUUGAGAUUUUGGUGAUGCUUCCUUUAGCACUUUUUUUUCUGAACUGAAUUUUCUUUAGCACUAGUGAAGUCUCAU